CCACACAUUACAGAAGAAACUAGCUGACUAGAGAGAGAGGGAGAAAUGGGCACUGCUGGGACGGCAUCAAGUUCCACGUCAGUUCAUGCAAGGGAUUCCAAUGAUCAACAUGCCCAAGCAGAUCAUGGUCAUCACGAUCAUCAUCAAACCGAUGAUGCUAAGGAACUUGAUGCUGGUGCUCUAUUUGUUCUCAAAUCUAAAGGUUCAUGGAUACACACUGGGUAUCACCUUACAACAUCAAUAGUGGCACCACCGCUGCUCAGCCUUCCAUUCGCCUUCGCUUCACUUGGUUGGGUAGCUGGAAUCAUAUGUCUAACCAUCGGAGGUGUUGUAACGUUUUAUUCGUACAACCUCAUCUCACUUGUUUUAGAGCAUCAUGCUGAGUUAGGAAGGCGUCAUUUGCGAUUCAGAGACAUGGCACGAGAUAUUUUAGGUAUUUACAUAUAUUCUUCCCGGUUUUGGGUUGGUUUUAGGAUAUUUUUUCUUUUCAUGUCGACUUUUGUGGUAUAGUGGUCAAAAUGUUAGUAUGAUUUGAGUGGUUCGAUGCUAUUAAAGACGAAAGAUGGCGUGAUCAUAAUGGUGCCAUUAUGAAUAAGAAAUAGGGCAAAUUAAUAAAGUGUCCUGCUUCAAACCAAUAUUAAAUAAACCGGCCACACAAAUUAAAUCCUUUAUAAACUGACAUUUCUGUUAAGUAUAACACUUGGACCCACCAAUUUAGUCAGAGGUGUUGACAAAGUCCAACUCGCCCUAUAAAAUUACCACCAUAGCCUUACCCAAAUAAGAGACAGGUUGGUGUUAUCUUUUCCCAUUUCUUCCUGUCUCUUUUUCUCUCUCGAUUUUUUUCUCCGUUCUUCUCCUUCAUCCUUCUUUUCUGCUGAAAAUUGAUUGCAACUGAAUAUUAAAGAAGAUGAUGAAACUGGACUGUUCAAUACAUAUAUGUUAAAGAAGAUAUCUAGUGAAUAUUAGGGUUUUAGAGAGGGGUUUUGAUUUUGUGGAGAUGAGGUACAAAGCGGGUUUAAUUCAGAGGAAAACAAAAGUUAGGGUUUCCUAAAGAAUUCCGAAUAGAAUUAGAAAACGAAAUUGGUGAUGGUAUUUAUUCGAGUAUUGAUUCAACUCAUAAAACUAGGUAAGUUAAAUUCGGGGUUUUGUAAUUGAUUUGUUGUUUUAUAUGAAAUUGAGCUAAUUGAAUCACAAUUAAUGAUUGGGUUUGGUUCUGAUUGGAGUGAAAAUGGUUGCAUGAGGUUAAAUUUUGAUUUCACAAGGAAUUAGGGUUCAUACUAUAGAUGAAGUUGAAUUCUUCUUAUGAUGCAUAUAUGUAAUUGUUAGGUUCAAUGGACGUGCUAUGUUGGAGGAGACAAUCUUAAGUUGCAGGAAUGGAGUUGGUGAGGAAUUAAAUGUUGGAGUUGGAUUUCAGGUGUGUGCAGCUGUAUAAUGGUUAAGGUUCUGGUGGUGAAGUUGCUAGCGGAUACUGUAAUGUUGUUGUUGUAGCUUUAGAUAAUGAUGAGAAGGUGUUGGUAGUCACUGGCAAGGAUAUAAAAUGGAUAGUUGCUAACCAAGAAAUAACCAGUCUAUGAUAAGUUGCUUGACUUGAGCUAAAGUUAUAGGUGAUUUUGAUCUGAGAUGAUGGCUCAAAUGGUGUUGUUGUUAGAUCAUUUUGCAGCUGAAAUGAAAUUGCAGGUGCAAUUGUAAUUGGUGGUUGUUACAGGGAGAAAAUGAGAAGUGACUGCAGUUGUUAGAUCAUUUUGCAAUUGUGCAUAGAUUGUUGUGAUCAUGAAGCUGUUGCAGGUCUUCCAGGUUCAACAGAAUACAUAGAUCAAUGAGUUUUAUUUGUUUCUAAUGUUGCUUGUAGAGAAUGACAUAGAGAGAUGGAAGGAACGAGCUAAGAGGGUGAGCUGUGAACUUAUUGGAAGUUGAGUGCUGUCCUGAUUAUGCAGUUUCCAGCAAGGGUUCAAAGAAGUAAGUCAUGAAACAAAUGGGAGAGAUGGUGAACACUAAUGGGUUGGUGCAGCUGGCAAUCAAGAGUAAGAUGAAUACAAGCUGAAAUGAAGAUGUUGUGAUGACGUAAAUUACAAGAAGAAGAAGAUUGGGAGAUCUUCUUGAAACUGAAAUGACAUCUGUGCUAUAGUUAGCUUCGAUUUCAGUUAAGUUGAGAAGGAGAGUAGGAGGAUGGCUUGUUUGAAUGGGUCUUGGUUGAGGAGAAAUGGAGUAGUUCUGGUGGGCAAGUAUGAAAAUGCUCCAAUUUUGAGUUUUUCAGUGAUUCAAUUAAUGGAGAAUAACACUUGAGAUUUUUUUGGUUUGAUUUUUUUUUAUCUUGUUAAUUUCACAUACCGAGAUUGUAAUGUUUUUCAUGCUGAUUUUGUAUUGAUGAAUCUAUUUAAUUUCAUUAUGGGUUAAUUUGUGUA